UCCAAAAUAGUCACUUAAAUUAGGGCUUUUCAGUGAUGAGCAGAGCUUUGAGGCUUGCAGAGGGUUCAGGCCAUCGAUCGCUCAAAAAGACUCUUGCGUAAGUCGAUUGAACUCUUACCAUCACCAAAUUUCCGAAAAAAGAUGACAUUUUGAACACAAAAUUGGAAAAUGAAAGUACAAGGAAGCCAAUCCGAGCUUGACCGAUCGCAGUGCGGUUCGAGCAGUAGGCGCAGCACGCGUUCGCAAGUAGCACCAGACUGGAAUUCAACAGACGAGCUCCUUCUGGUGAACGAGAUCGCUGCUGUGGAAGCCGAUUGUCUGAAAGCAUUGUCUUCAUUUCAGAAAUGGAAGAUCAUAUCUCAAAACUGCUCUGCUUUGGGCGUCCCACGGACUUUGGAUCAAUAUCGCAGAAAAUGGGACGCUUUGUUUCUCCAGUACAAGAGCAUCAAGCAGUGGGAGUCAGCGUCUAGAGGCGGUGCUUCGUACUGGGUUUUGGAAAUUGGAAGGAGGAAGCAGAAGGGGUUGCCUGAGAAUUUUGAUAAUGAGUUGUUCAGAGCCAUUGAUAAUCUUGUGAGGGUUCGGGGAAACCAGUCGGAUACGGACCCAGAUAGUGAUCCAGAAGCUGAGAUUGAUGCUGAGGCUGAUGUGCCUGAUGUUGUUGCAGAGCCAGAGUCCAAGAGGAGAAGACGCCGAUCAACACAUCAGAAAAGCUGCUCAAUAGAAAAUUCAUUUAGAAGAUGUAAGGUGGAAAAGCCUGAAGAAACCCGGGUAGAAGAAAAAUCCGAAGAAACCCAUGCAGAAGAAAAACCUCAAGAAAACCAUGCAGAAGAAAAACCUGUGGGAAGCUGCUUAGAAGUAAUUCCUCAGAAGAGCCUAGCAGAACAGAAGUCUCAAAAAAGCUGUGCGAAGAAACAUAAAAAUAGUCAAAUAAAAGAGAAGGCUAUCAGCAUUGAAGAACAGGAGCAAAUUGCGGUUAUGCAAUUGCAUGAAAAUGUAGAACUAAUCCAGGCUAUUGUUAAUGAGAAUGCAGAUCAUGAGGCUGCCACCGAUGUGAAAAGCACUGGGGACCCGCAAACUGAUCUUGUUAGACGCCAAGGAGACCAGGUUAUUGCAUGUCUGGGAGAUAUUGUGAAGACUCUUGACCAGCUCCGUCAGCUUGUCCAGGAAUGUGAAUAGUUUUCCUCUAACUUCCCCUCCCCCCUUCUCUAAUUUACUGAAUGUCAAUAUUUUAAUGUUUAACAUUUUGGUGUUAGGAUAUUUAUGGUAAAGUUCUAAUGCAAUGUUGGAGGUAGCUUA